AUGAUGCUCUACGCUCCAGACGGCCUGUUAAUGGUGUUACUGGAGUACUUCGACCAUCUCACCUCGGCCAUAGACUGCUGGGGGGACGAUGGAACUAUGUCGUUAACCUUCAACUCCACUCAAGCUUAUGAGUACGCUUUGCAGGCCUGGGGAUUUGUCAACGCCAAUGCCAAUGGCAAAUUCCUGCUCAUCGCCAACCACGCAGGGUGCGGACCAGAUGAGGAACGACAAGCUUACAUUAUCACCUCAAUUAGAGAAGAUGCCGCAUCUCUCACGACAUACUUAGCCGCAAAUGUGGCUCCGUGGUCUGACAUCGGGGGCUCUUACGACCUCCAUUUCGGGCAUAUCGUGACUAGUCGUCAUACUCCUGAACGACGAGGAUUGAUAGAGAAGCUCAAAGGUAACUUCGAUGAGACCAAAACCGCGGAUUUUGAUCCGGAAUUAGGACAUCCCGGUGAGGUUAGAAAUAUCUGGCAUGAUGACAAUCGUCUGAUGCUGGAUUGUAUCGACUGUUUCGUGGCUGGAAGCUUUCAUUUAAUAGGAGCGUUUGAGACACACCACUGGGAUGUUGAAGAGGCUACAUUGUCAGCCAGUCCCAAGGCUUUCAACGCGACGGUGGAACUCCAAGCGAAGAUCACUAGAACCGAUAAGCUUGACAAGCUCUCAGACAAGAUCGAAGAAAAAGCAGACCUGUUCUCAAUGCCAGUUCCCGAUCUUGGAAUCGAGAUCCCCAAAGUCCUGAAGCUCGGCCUUACGCUCUCCUACCAAAUCGGAUUCUCAACGAAAGUAGCGGGAUCGGCCACAUUUGUCCUCGGUGCGACAACAAGCCUCCCAGAUGAUGCGAUCAUCACGGUAGAUCUGAAGGACCUCCAGAAAAGCUCUUGGACUGGCUUCGAGGGCGCAGCUUUGGUUCCCAUAUUUGACGUCACGGAGCUAAGCGCAAGUGUCAAAUUCGCGGUGUUUACGCAGGUCGACCUUGCAUUCGGCAUCGACAUAAUAGGACACGACAGCCUGGACGUGGAGUUGAAUCUGAAGAUACCACAGCUUUCUACAAACUUCGCUGCUGGUUACAAAGAAAAAGGCUUUUGCAACCAGGACGAUGGCGCUUUGAUGACCGGGGUCAUCGCCACGACGGCGCUAGCUAUCGAGCUCUGGCUCGAGGUUAAGUCCAUAAUCGAAAAGAAGAAGAAUGAUCUCUACUCAUACAAGUUCUUCAACCUCACAAAAACGCUCGACGAGCAUUGCGCGCCUUUGUCAAUACCGGGGCUCACCAUCGAAACGAUCCCGAGCGUAUCAGAACUCUUGCCAAUUCCGACGCAGUUGAUUACGCCCCCCGUCGAUCGUUAA